AUGGUAGUCCUCGCUUGGAGCUUUGCCUUAUUCGCAAGCGUGAUGACUAUCAUUGGUAACCGCUGGCAGCCGGAUCAAUCAUGCAUAUAUGACACCGUCACAAGUAUAACAUCUCUCAUCUGUACCUCGCUAGUCAUUGGUACGUGCGGCGUCGCCAUCAUCUCCAUUUACGCUUACAUGAUGAUGAUUGCCAGGCACCACCAGCAGCAGAUCCACCCGGACCCGAGCAACAGCGGUUCGCAGGAGGCUGGAGCGACCGGAAAAUCCUUCUCUGCUGAGCUCGCCAAGCAUCUGAAGCUUGCCAAGACGUUUGGCAUCGUCGUCGGCGCUUUCUUCGUUUGCUGGGCUCCGUAUUUCAUCAUGAUGCUGCUGAGCGUUGCCGACGUCUACCACGACACGGUCGGCGUGGCGCGAGGCCUCGGCUACCUGCUGGCGUACUCAAACUCUUGCAUGAACUUCUUCAUAUAUGCUGCGAAGAGCAGUCAGUUCCGCGCCGCCUUCCGGGCGGUGUUGCCCUCGCGUGGACGCUAGAGACGUCUCUACUGUCCAACCUUACUGGAAUCAUCGCGACUGUUUCAUCCGUUCGAUGAAGUGUUUAAGCAGGUAGAUCGAUUUAGCUUUCACGUUAGCUGAGUUUCGGGCGGGGUUCGGGUGCAGUGUUGCCCACGCGUUUGCCACUAAAGAACGUGGGAUGUUCCGUUAAAUAUGGUUUAAA